CGUAUCGUCAGUGUGCAUCGAUUCAUCGAUUCGCCGGGGUUGUUUAUUCCCCGUUGCACGCACGGCGUCCCCCAGUCCUACUCUCGACCGGACGACAAGCGACGGCGGAAAUAUCGACACCUCUCAAGCAUUAAGCAUAAUCAGCCAACGAAGGAAGGACGAUUACCGCUCGAGAACGCCCCGAUCGAUUUGAAACUCACCGAUCGAAAGGCGGUGGAAAAUCGUUGAACCAUGAAGUUCGAUCGACGUACGGCCGUGUUGGGAUGCCUUUCCGUCCUCGUCUUCGUCGUGGAGGAUGCGGAGGGAAAAGCCUUUCCUGGGGAUGCUGGGGAUGCGGAGGUGAUGGACAGGAGCAUCGACGCGGUGGACAAGGGAUUCAGCGUCGUCCAGCACGAACUCAGCGAUGCCGAGAAGAAGAAAGUGAACGAAACCGUCCGUUUCAUCAUGGAAUACCUUCAAAAUGACUUCGUGAACGACCUCCAGAAGAAAAUCCAAUCGGACGGCCUGCAACCGCUGCUCCUGAACGACAGCAGCUACGGCCACGUGACCCUGAAGAACGGCCAGCUGACGGGACUGGAAAAGAUCCGGAUGUCCCAUUCCCCGGAAGUGACAUUCCUGGAAGGCGCCAAGCUCCAGGUGUCGGCCGACCUCGAGCUCCCCGACCUCCUCACGCAGUACGACGUCAGCCGAUGGGUGUCACUGGGUCCGUUCGGAGGGUUUUCCAUCGACGGGAAGGCGAACGUGAAGAUGGACGUGGGUUUCCCCGUCAAGAUGGAUUCCACGCCUCGGAGCCUCAUCGGCACGGCCACCUGCGUCCAGAUGCUCGACGGUUUCCUGAGAGCGGAUAACAUCCGAGUGGACGUGCAUCUCAGCGGAUUCAUCGGGAGCAUCAUCGAGACCAUUCAGAGCUGGUUCAACGUCAACCUGGAGGGUUCCGUCUUGGGGAACCUCAAGGACGUGUUGAGCAACCUCAUCCUGAAGGCCUUGGAGGCCAUCGUCUGCGUCGCCGUCGACGGCCUCGCCACCCUCGCGACGGCGGGAAAAUGAAUUCCUGCCGUCGAACGCGAGAAUCUAACGUUCGUCGUCGUCGUUGUUGUUGUUGUUGUCGUCUUCCCGCGUGCGAUGAGAUUGCUCACCCUUUUUUUUUUCGUCGUGACUAGUCCCGAAACACGGAUCUUAAAUAUUACGUCGCUUUCGAGGAAUAAACGUGUGGUCUGCA